GCGACACUGGCUUUGGGAAUAGAGCUCUCCCCACGUGACUGCCUGUAACCUCUUCCCUCUCUGCUGUUGUUGAUGCUGUUGGUUAAGGUGGUGGCAUGCUCCGCUGUUAUCAUGUCUGACCUAGACUCUGUGCCCGAGGUGCAAAUAGACCCCGAGGGCUCGUUUAAAUACAUCUUGGUCAGGCUGAGCACGGGGGCAUCAGAAAAUUCCCGAGAUAUUGUGAGAGGAACCAAGAGCGCCGUAUACCAUAAUCACAUAUUUGAAAAACUAAAUCCUGAAAUGCAAGCAUUGGGCUUUCAGUGUAAAUGCCUUGGAGGAGGCAAGAUGGAGCACAUCAGCAAAGACAAGAAAAUACGAGUAUUUGGUGAAUCUACUGGAUAUGGCAAAGCAGAUCACUCCAUUACAGCUGAAAAACUGAAGAAAGCAUACAAAGACUAUGAAGUGGUUUGGUCAGAUGAUAAGAAAUGACCAUUUAUGUACAGUACAUCUCACCCAGCUGUACUCAAGAGUGUAUGCUGUUUCUUGAAAGUGCAGUGUAACACAGAACAUGGAAUGGAUUCCCUAAUAGAAUACCGCAAUUGUAUGAAUAUUGCUAACUGAUGUUUAUAUAUAAAAAAAAAAAUGUGUGUAUGUAUAUGUAUAUGUGUGUGUGUGGGGUGUGGUAUAAAAGAUAGACAGUGUCUAGUUAGACAGUCAAUAGAUAGACACCAUAUGUUAGACAGACAUUAGGUCGACAGGGUCAAAAGGUCGACAUGAAAAAGUUAGGCAGUACAAACGGUCAACAUGAAAAUGGUCGACUUGAAAAAGGUAAACACCAUGUUUUUUGUGGUUUGUGUGGAUAGUUUUCUCAACUGGGACCCCCAAUUGUAAUAAGGCAUACCCUCGCGGGGCUCGCUUCGCUCGCCACGCUUCGGGCUCGGUGGCUCGCUGUGCUCGCCACAAGGUUUAUAACCAACUCUGUGCUGAGAUGGAUAGAGAAGGUAUGAAAUAGUCCAAAAACAUGUUACAUUUAAAAAAAACAUUUGUCUAUUUUAUGUCAACCUUUUGACCCUGUCGACCUAAUGUCUGUCUAACAUAUGGUGUCUAUCUAUUGACUGUCUAACUAGACACUAUCUAUCAACCGGAUGCAGUGUGUGUGUGUGUGUAUAUGUAUGUGUGUGUAUAUAUAUAUAUAUAUAUAUAUAUAUGUGUGUGUAUAUAUAUAUAUAUAUAUAUAUAUAUAUAUAUAUAAAAUUUCAUCCUGCGAGCAUAUGUUAAUAAAUGCAUUAAACAACACAGAUAUGCAUGAUUUAAUAUUUAUUCAGGUUUAAUAGUUUGUAAAUAUUUUCCGGGCUAAUAAAUUGAAAUUGAUGAAAUAAUGUCAUGCAAAUUGGGCUGCAGUGAAAGUUGGGAGCACGUAAACUUUAUCUUCUAUAUUCUUGGUAAAUUGUAGUUCUACAUUGAAAAUCACUAAUGACCUCUCCACAUUUUAACACUGUUAGACGUAGGUUAGCCUCCGAACUGCCAUGCCAGCUGUUUGAAGCUAGAUGGCCCAUGAUAAUCAUGCUAGUCAUUCAGAUGUGGACAGAGUUGCUAUCACUGCUGCUUCCUUGGAAGCAGCAGAGAUAGCAAUGGAUGGUCAUUAAGCAAGAGGCGCCUAUUACAAGUAGACAUCUCCUGCUGCAGUAAUGCUUUAACCUGCUUCCUAAGACACAGCAUCGGAUCACUGUAACACCAUUGUGCGGCUUACAACACCCAUGGAGCCACACAAGCUGCCGUCACAGAGGCUAGGAAAUCUCUGUCCUAUGACAGAGAUUCUUACCCUCUAAAUGGCGGCGACACACCUCCGUUUUCACAAAUGGAAGCAGUCGCCUCCCCGCCCACCGGACCGCAGCAGACUGUCAAUCA